UUUGGAAACAAGCGUGUGAAUGCGGCCUCUAUUUACUCGUCAGUAUCUGCUAGGAAAUAAUAGAAUAAAAUAAAAUUUGAUCGGUCUAACGUCGAAAAUGAUAGAUUUACAUGAUGAAAAUGCAAAAGGUACAACGAAUAGUGGAAAAUAUGGUAAUUUAAAUGUACCGGUUAUGUCGCAGCCAGGAUUAAUACAACUCAGUCCAUAUUUAAACUUUGAUCCUGCGUAUCUUCCUCCGAGUCAACCAGAGUAUAUAUUUCCGGAAGGGGCUACAAAGCAAAGAGGCCGAUUUGAAUUGGCCUUUAGUCAAAUCGGUGCAGCAUGUAUAAUAGGUGCUGGUAUUGGAGGUACGAGUGGAUUAUAUAGAGGAAUUAAAGCAACAUCCUUAGCUGGUCAAACUGGCAAGCUUAGAAGAACUCAAUUAAUUAAUCAUGUCAUGAAAAGUGGCUCUUCAUUAGCAAACACAUUUGGAAUAGUAUCUGUAAUGUAUAGUGGAUUUGGUGUACUUUUAUCCUGGGCUAGAGGUACAGAUGAUUCUUUGAAUACUUUAGUAGCAGCAACAGGGACUGGCAUAUUAUUCAAAUCUACAACUGGAUUGAAAAAAUGCGCAUUAGGUGGUUGUAUCGGAUUAGGAAUAGCAUCGAUAUAUUGCUUAUGGAAUAAUCGAGAAACCUUACUGGAAUUGAGGCAUCGCAACAUAAACCCGGCGUAAGACUAUUAUCAAAAUAAAAUCGGAGAAACGAGAUUCCGUGCUAGAACUAGAAAUGUACACAACGAACUCGAUUAGUUUUGUACAUAGAGAAAAUCAUUUCGGACGAUUCUCUAGAACAUGAACAAUUUAACGAAAUAAAUGAAGUGAACCUGCAAUAUACCUGUAUAAAGAAAAUUGUGCAGCACUAUCUAUACACGCGCGUGUGCCCGUGUGUGUACAUAUGUCGUGUGCCGUAUGUCGUCGUAUUGUUCUGUAUUAAUUAAAGCUGACAAUUAUUUCAUCUUAGUUUCUAGUUUUAGAUUUCUACACGUAUCAACAGUACACUAAGAGGAUGUAUAGUUUGUGACACCUGGAUUAUUAUCGUGUGUGUGUAUGAGUGCGCGUGUGUGUCAGUAAUGCACGAUAAUCUUAUCAAAGUUUAUCUCCCUGCUGUUAAGUAUUGUCGCAUUUCACAUCGAUCGUGCGAGUUUUGAUCUGGCUUGUACAUAUUGAGAGAACGAGUGAGAAAACGAAAAAGAAAGAACAAAGAAAUAGUUGAGGGACGCAAAAAGGGGAAAAGUUGGAAAAAAAGGAGAGAAACUGGAAAGGAAAGGUUGGAUUAUUGAGAUCAUUCGUUUGACAUUAGUUGAAGGAAUUGAAGCUUUAUUACAGCGUGUCGUGGAUAGGAAAAGGUGUAUCGUUUGUACUUAAUAACGCUGGGAGCGCGCAUGUAAUAUACGUACGUAUGCAAUAUAGACGUAUAGUGUUGGGCUCAUGGUGAAAAA